AUGGGCAUAUACAAGCGCUGGAAACCUGCUCACCCACCUCCUGUACCCCAUCUCAGGAGGAUCGGUGUCGUCUGUGGUAGCGCAGACAAUGCUGAUGCACCCUCCCUCAACCAUCCGUCAUCGGUGUUGUCUCCUCUCCAUGACCGCAGCACGAUCGCCUGCAGCCGCCCAUCCUCAAAUGUACCCCCACCCCUCGCUUCGUCCUUGCUACCCACCUCUGGCCCCCCUCUUGUGUCCCACCUCGCCUCCUCCACCUCUCGCCCCGGCCGAGCAAGUAAAAGUGAAGAUAGAGGAGCAAGCGACAACAACGCGAGAUGGCAGCUAGGAACGACAAAGAUGGUAGCAAAGAACGGCGGCGUGGCGAUGAACAACCAAGACGGCAGUGGCGGCAUCGACAAGCCAACUCCUGAUGACCCAUCCUUCCAUACAACCCACCCGGACAAUCCCCUCGCCCUCAUAUCUCACCCCACCUCCUGCCCAUCGUCCGCAGCCCCUCCUCACCUCACCUCACCCCAACCCCCAGCUCCGUCUACCACCCCUCCCUUCCAGCUGGGACACGGGUUGCUUUUGUUCACCACCCACCCGCUAAUCGGAAGCACGACCAGAGGGAAGAGGACAACCAAGGCAUAA